AGAUAUAACUUACUGCCUUGUCUGGAGUCACAUGUACUUAGGUGACAAUUUUCAGAAAGUCAACUCUGCAACUUGAUGGGCGACAACCAUUUUCAACCAAAAAAUAAUUCAAAAAUGGCAGAAUUAUUUAUGGAGUGUGAAGAAGAAGAGUUGGAACCAUGGCAAAAGAAAGUAAAAGAAGUUGAGGAUGAUGAUGAUGAUGAGCCAAUCUUUGUUGGAGAGAUAUCAAGUUCAAAACCAGCAAUUUCAAAUAUUUUGAACAGAGUUAACCCCAGCUCAUAUUCAAGGGGAAUAAAGAAUGGGGCACUCAGUCGAGGUAUUACUGCUGCAUUCAAGCCUACAAAUCAACACUACACGAACCCAACAUCAAAUCCAGCGGCUGCUUCACCAGGAAGUUUUCAUCCUGAAUCUAGAUCUUCAGAUAGUUCCGUUAUUGUUCAUCCCUUAUCUAAACCUGGUUUUAUAAUGAAUUCAACACGAGUUGUAGCUAAUAAUUCUUCACAAUUACUGUUUGACUUGACCCAAGACACAGGAUUACCACAUUACCAAGGGGGAGCAACACUUUCUAUAACAGGUAUGAAUGAAAGUUCGUUUAUAUCAAAACGUCCUUCUGCUUCUGAAGUAAACAGUGUUAGUCCAAAAAAGCCUAAACCCAGUGAAGGUGUUUCUGGAACAAAUACCUCAGUUGCAUUCUCUUCAGUAAAAUCUACUUCAGUGAUAUCUCCCCAAGCUAUGACAUCAAAAGGUACAAAUACCUCAUCAAAUCAAUCUAAAAAUGGAACACCUUUUCCAAGAGCUUGUCCAAAGUGCAAUAUUCAUUUCAAUCUUCUGGAUCCUUUGAAAAAUCACAUGAAGUAUUGUUGUCCAGACAUGAUAAAUAACUUUUUGGGACUGGCUAAAACAGAAUUUUCAAGUACAACAAAUAAAAAUAAGACUGUUGAUUCAGAGAAAGGAAAAUUGAUCAUGUUAGUUAAUGACUUUUAUUAUGGAAAACAUGAAGGAGAUGUCCAGGAAGAACAGAAGACUCACACAACCUUUAAAUGCUUCAGUUGCUUGAAAAUUCUUAAAAAUAAUAUUAGGUUUAUGAACCACAUGAAACACCAUUUGGAACUUGAGAAGCAGAGCAGUGAGAGCUGGGAAAACCACACCACCUGCCAGCACUGUUAUCGUCAGUUUCCCACACCAUUUCAGCUGCAGUGUCACAUUGAAAGUACACACACUCCCCAUGAAUUUUCUACCAUUUGUAAAAUCUGUGAAUUAUCAUUUGAAACAGAACAUGUUCUUUUACAACAUAUGAAGGACAAUCAUAAACCCGGUGAAAUGCCAUAUGUUUGCCAGGUUUGCAAUUAUAGAUCAUCAUCAUUUUCUGAUGUUGAAACUCAUUUUAGAACGUCCCAUGAAAACACUAAAAACUUGCUGUGUCCAUUUUGCCUCAAAGUUAUUAAAAUUGCAACACCCUAUAUGCAUCAUUACAUGAAGCAUCAGAAGAAAGGAAUUCAUCGUUGCACAAAAUGUAGGCUGCAGUUUUUGACGUGCAAGGAGAAAAUGGAUCACAAGACUCUGCAUCACCGAACGUUUAUGAAACCUAAACAACUAGAGGGAUUGCCUCCUGGAACAAAGGUUACUAUUCGAGCUUCAGUUGGACCUCUUCAAUCAGGAUCUUCACCUACACCUUCCAUUAGUGCAAGCACUUCCACCCUUCAGCUCUCACCUCCAAGGACUAAAAAUAUAACUACUAAAAAUCCCACAAAAUCUAAUACAAAUAAACUUAAUGCAACUAAACCCAAUGCAAAUAAACCUAAUGGAAGUAAAUCUAAAUGCAAAUCAAAAAUCUCUAGUAUGCAAAAGAAACAAAACACGUUGGCUAGUAGCAAUAAAAAAAGUAAAGUCAAUACAUCAUUGAGGAACUUAAGGUUUCGUCGGGGAGUUUACAAGUGCAUUGAGUGUUGUUCCGAAAUAAAAGAUUUUGCAAACCACUUUCCUACAUAUGUCCACUGUAGUUUUUGCAGAUACAACACUAGCUGUAGCAAAGCCUAUGUAAAUCAUAUGAUGAGCUUUCAUAGUAACCGUCCAAGUAAAAGGUUUUGUAUUUUUAAGAAGCAUUCAGAAGAUCUCAGGGGCAUUACUAUAGUGUGCCUUAAUUGUGAUUUCCUAACUGAUGUUUCUGGCAUAGAUAAUAUGGCUACACAUUUAAGUCAACGUGAAACUCAUACUUGCCAAGUUGUCAUGGAGAAUGUUUCUGUUUGUAUCCCAACUUCUGAACAUCUUUCUGAAUUAAGAAAUGAAGCUCCUUCUGAGGAACAGGAACCUGUAUCAGAGGAAAUUUCAAGACCUAAUAUGGCUGAAGGAGAAACAGAAACAUCAAAGCCUGAAAGUAAACAAGAUAAUGCUUCAUCAGAGGAAGAAAAAAAUGAAUGUGAUGCAAAUUCACUUGAAGGCUCAUCAGUAACAAAAAGUGAAGAAAGUGUAACAGUUUCAUAUGAGAAAAAUGAUACCUGUCUUACAGACAAGGAGACUGGCUCAAAGAAGAUCUUCAGUUAUGAUUCAAAUAUUGAUGAAGAUAAAGUGGAAAAAGAAAAUCAAUUAGAACUUGUUUGUCAGGAAACAGAGCUGAAGAUAUGUCAAAGUUCAGAAAACAUAAUUUCAUGUGAUCUGAAUAAAGAUCCCAACUCCAGUGAAGCUAGAUUUUCUUCUAAGAAUAUUAAGGAUUUGCGGUUAACAUCAGGUGAUGUUAGUAUAGAUCAGUUUUUGAGAAAAAAAGAUGAACCUGAAUCUGCUAGUUCUGAUGUUAGUGAGCAAGGCAGUAUUCAUUUGGAACCUUUGACUCCAUCAGAGGUGCUCGAGUAUGAAGCCACAGAAAUCUUUCAAAAAGGUAGUAGUGAGCCUUCAGCCAAGACUGAUGAAGUUAGUGUCAGAUCAGAUGAUGUUCCUAGAGGAAAUAGCCCUAACACAACAGAAAGAACAGUGGACCUGGCAGAGGAAAAUGAAAGGAGUUGAAAUUAAUUUGUCAUUCUAAGUUGUAAUGUACCUAUGGUAAGAACAGUGUGUGACAAUACUAUUAGGGGAGCUCAGUGGUACUGUUGUAGAGUUCAGAAACAGAAAAAUUUGAAGGAGGUCAUUCAUACACAUUACUUGUAUGUUCAACCUAGAUUAUUAAGUAAAUCGGUUCACCAAUAAUAGCACAAUUAGUAUGGCUUUCUAAGAAGAUUUUUUUUUAAUGAAUAAUAUAUUAGUGAAUGUUAAAUUUGCGAUUGAAAAGUCUCAUUUAACAGUUUUCAGGAAACCGUUCUUGUUUACCAAUAUGAAUUGAAUUAUAAGAAUAUUAAUAACAUUCAUAAAGCUUUUGAAACUUCCAUAAGUCCUAAGGUAAAGAUCCUUAUCACCCUUAUAUAUUUUCAAUUAAUUUAAAUAAAGAGAUUUGGAAACCUACCUUUUGGGAAUACUUCAUUUAAAAUGAUGGUGGAUUGGCAUUGUUCACAAAAGCUUUAUGUUGAGUAUAAUGCUGGUAUAUGGAGCAUGCUUAGAGUGCUGUUUUAAUAUAAUGAGAAUUUGGGUGAAGAUAAACUUAGUUUUGGAUUUAAUUUAACAUUCCAGACUGUCUGAAGCAUGUAACCAGAAUAUUUGAAUCUCUGUACCUCCAUACAAGUGUUAGCCUGCCAGGCUGUAUGCUUACCUUAAUUAAACUUUCAGUGAAAGUGAAAUUAUUAAAAUAUAAAUUUAUAUUUGUGCUUUUUGGUCAGUGUAAGCUGUGCAGAAAUCCUUUGAUAUACUCGUUGUAUAAAUUCAUUGUUGAAACCCAUUGUUGAAAUGCCUGUAACUAUUACGCUUUUAACAUUGUUUUAAUGAUCUUCAUUAUAAAUAAAUCCAUAGAAAUGGUCUGGAAGCCAAACCAAAGUAUGGUAUAAUGUAAAAACUGUAAAGCAGUAAACUGAAAACAUACCCUGGCAUAUAUUCAGCCAUGUUUAAAUGACUUUUCUUUCAUUGUAAAAUAGAAAUUUCAAAUGGGACCUAAAGCAGUGAUGUAAAAAUCGGUUUUUGAGAAUUUAGCUUAAUUUGUCCUUAUGAUGAUCGCUAAAUUCAGUUGUUUUUUAUCUUCUAGAAAAUAAUAGACAUAGAAAUGAAUAAGGUGAAUAACAGUAGUUUGCUUUGAAGUACUAAUAAACUUUUAUUUAAAGUGCUACAUUUUUCUUAAAAUAUGCUUUUCAUCCUUAAAUUUGUUUCACUGAAUGUUAAAUGUUUUAAACAGCUAUUAAAAUUCUGCUGUAAAUAGUAGAUUUUGAGUAAAUAUUUGCAAUAAAACUCUGUCUCUGAAUAA